AAUCAGCUGAUACCAAUUUUCAUAAAAAUUUUUUUUAAUAAUAGUUCUGUUGAUUUAGUUGGCAACACAUAUUUACGCAUUUUCGAAGAAUGAUUUUACUUGAUUAGAUUUUAUUACUAAUCCUGAAUGACAACACAUAUGUGCUAUAAGUGACGAAAAGCUUCUGUAAUUUGUUGUCACAAACGUCUUUCUUUGAUACUCUGUUUUAAUGUGCUUUCGAACUAUUCCUGACAUUGACAGCUAUGUUACUUCAAAAAUGUUUUUCUGGCAGAUCGCUCAGCGGAUUCAGAAUAUAGAUUAAUUAUAUUCUAUUACGGUUAUCGUUGUGAAAUAUGGAUAACGUAACAGGAAUAAUACAUGCCAUAUACAGAGGAUUUGUGGAUAGUUUGAGGGGAGCUAUUGUUUUAUUUUAUAUGGACAAACGUAUUAAUGAAAAAUUAUUGAAAAAGUCCCCCUCUAAAAUAGAAACUCAUGGAAAAGAAGUUGCCAUUGUGCAUAAUCCCUCAAAAUGUUAUAAUCAAUUAAGAGAGUCUAAGGUGCUAAAAAGAACUAUUCAAUGUUGUGCAUUAAAUGGUGGUGUAUUUUGGGCUAGUAUCUUGAUUUUCGAAUGCGGUCUAUUACCAUUUCUUAAGUACUUACUAAGCAUUAUAUUUGGUCAUUCACCGACUAUGGGUAUGACUGUAUGGUCUUGGACAAAACCAUUUCUGUCAUUAACUUUUGGCACUGUAUGGGUAUUACCACUAUUUCUGCUCAGUAGGAUAGUCAACAGUUUAUGGUUUCAGGACAUAGCGGAUAGUGCUUAUCGGUACAGACAGGGAAGACCACUACUUCUCUCGAGUGUGAGCAAACUUGUAGCUGAUACGCUUUUUAGCAUAUUAGUUCAAGCAUUAUUUUUGGGUCAAGGAAUGUUGGUUUCCAGGAUUCCAUUACCCCCUAUAGGUGAUAUUCUUGCUCUUAUACAUAUGUGCCUUUUAUAUGCUCUCUAUGCUUUUGAAUACAAGUGGUUCAAUAUGGGUUGGGAGCUGCAUAGACGGUUAAGUUUUAUUGAAAGUAAUUGGCCAUAUUUUGUGGGUUUUGGUCUGCCAUUAGCAGUACUUACCCAAAUGCCCAAUUCUUACGUAAUAAGUGGCUGUGUUUUUUCUAUAUUAUUUCCAUUAUUUAUUGUGAGCGGAAAUGAAGCAGAACCUGUAACUGGAGUAUGUGACUGCCCGUUAAAGUUAUUUUCACCAGUAAUUGCUAUUGCAAAUACACUUUUCAAUAAGACAAUUGGACCUGCAAAUAGACGGUGACAAAAAAAAGUUUAAGUUGCUAAUUUGUUUGGAAUAAUAAAUAUGUAGCAAUAAGCCGUUUUUCAGGUUUUUACAUAUUUCUAUUAUUUUUUAUUAGAUGUAUACUUAGUUGAUUUUCUUGUAUUAACAAAGCAAUUAAGAAUAGAAUUUUUAUAUUGUAUAUGGAUAUAAACAAAAUUAAAAAACAGCUUAUGUAAUGUUAUUAUUAUAUGUAAAUAGAAAAAAUAUGUUCAUAAAUGUGAUGUAAAUACGCAGCAAAAAAUCGCAGUAAGGAAUAUCUGUGAAUGCUUUAUAUUAAGUAAAGUGUUAUUUAAGAUACAUUAAUAUCUAUAAUGUUAUUUAGGAAAUCAGCAUACAUGUUCCUUGCUGUAUUAUGCAAGAUUAAAUUAAAAUUCGUAAUUUUAUACAGUUUUAUUAUUAAUAUUGAAACAUGAAAAAGUAAUAUCUUAGAGUAAUUACAGAAAUACCUUUUACAAAUUAUACGAUAGGGAAACGUCAUUGCCUAAAAUUUUGCACAAGUGAAAGAUAGUAUCUUUCUUGUUGUAUCUAUUGCAAUACACUUUUCAUUAUGGUAACUGAAAAGAAAUGUAUAUGGAAUGCUUUUUUAUUAAACUAAACUCUUAAGUUAUA